AUGGAUACUGCCUUGGGUAUAAUAGAAUCGUACGCAGCUAAGGAGCGACCAGAUGCUGGAGUCGGAGCUCAGGCUCAGGUCAUAGCUCAGGAUCAGGUCACGGCUCAGGACCCCGCAGAAAUAGACGAAAACCACUGUGCUGGUUCAAAGGCAACUAGCAGUUCAGGAAACAUAAAUGUUCUAGCCGCUCGCACAACAACAAUAUGUGAUCCGAUGAUCUUGCCAGGCACCCCUGAAACGGAUGUUUCCCUCGCUGACACAUCGGCGGAUGCAUCGGUGGAUGCAUCGGUGGAUGCAGCAGCGGCGGACGGAGAUUUGCCACCUUCGGAGCUGACCGAACAGGUUCCAGAGUUGGCCCUUGGUGAUGUUUCGUCGGAAAAGGAAUGUGUAAGGACACCCAAAACAGUCCUUGCUGUGAGAGACAUCUUGGAAUGUACGGGGCCGGAAUGCGCCGUCGGUCUCCUGGGAUGUGUCAUCGUCCGGCGAGGAAUUGACGAGAACACUGGCGAGCCAUGGACCAUUAGAGGCCGCAUUGUCGAGACGGAAUAUUACGCUAUCUCUGACCCCGCAUCUCACUCUUUCAAAGGGCUUACACCCAGAAACAAGCCGAUGUUCUCUGGUAUGGGUUUAGCGUACGUGUAUAUGAUCUAUGGCGUACACAUGUGCCUUAAUGUCACGGGUUCAGAAAUGGGCAGCGCUGUGCUGAUCCGCGCGAUAGAACCGUUGGAUGGCUUAGAUCGGAUCAAGCUGCACAGGGCGCCUAUGGAAAAGACGUCAGCAAGGAAGCGACUGGAGGCCACACCCCCCAAGCCACCCCCAGAGUCGGCGAAAAAUCCGGUGUCGGUGAAGAAAAGGGCAGUGAAGAAAAAGUCCGAGCCUCAGUCAAAGAAAGCCGACCACAAAGCAAUAUAUAAUCUAACCAAGGGCCCUGGGAAUGUCGCUCGCGCUUUGCUGCUAGACCUAACGUUCAACAUGACUGACCUUCUUGACGAAACCAGCUCUCUGCACAUUGUUCCACCGGAUUCCCCCAACGAGGCAUUGCGACCGAUAGCUAGUUCAGGUCGGAUUGGUAUUAGUGUCGCCACUGAUGUUGCUUGGCGGUUUUUUUAUGAAGACUCGCCUUAUGUUUGCAGGCACUCCGCCAAACAUUAA